GGGGCGGAGCCCAACUGAAGAUGGCGUUUUUACGCUGUAGGCGAGACCCGUGUGGCAUUAUUUGUCUUAUUUUGACCUAUUUUAGUGUGUUUUACGCCGACUACGUAGUCAUUCAGUAUGUCCUCAUCCCAGCCUACGCGGGCAGCUUGUGGUGCACUCUUCAUGGAUCAGUGUUCAACUUGAUUCUGUUUUUACUUCUGGCUUGUCACUCAAAAGCUGUAUUCUCGGACCCGGGGAUGGUGCCUCUUCCAGACACGGCCAUAGAUUUCUCCGAUCUUCGCUCUCAGUCGUCACGUAUGAAUGAUCGAGGUUGUGAGGGCUGGACCGUGUGCAGUCACUGUGAAACCUAUAGACCUCCCAGAGCACAUCACUGCCGCGUUUGCCAGCGAUGUAUUCGCCGCAUGGACCACCACUGCCCUUGGAUAAAUAACUGCGUGGGAGAGCUGAACCAGAAGUAUUUCAUCCAGUUCCUCUUUUACACUGGCAUGGCCAGUCUGUAUUCGCUGAUGUUGGUGGUGUCCGCCUGGGUGUGGCGGAUCCGAAACGAGAGAGAGAGCGAUGAGGAGGAGACACCCAGCAAGCACUUGAUCGUUGCGCACUACAUCAUCCUCCUAGUAGAGUCUAUCUUGUUUGGGGUGUUUGUCAUGGUGAUCUUCUACGACCAGUUGGUCUCAAUAAUCACCGAUGAGACUCCGAUUGAACAGAUGAGAAACAGGCUGAUGGUGAAAGACAGAGGCUCUACGUCGUCAUCGUCUUCCUCCCAGCCUCCUCACCAGCCCCCACACACACGCAAGCCGAAGCUUGCCUUGCUGCGAGAGGUUUUUGGAAGAGGUUCCGUCUUCUGUUGGCUUCUCCCGCUUCACUCCAGUCCUCCUACAGUCGGCGGCAUCACAUACUCAUCAUUGCCUGACUAUGACGUCUGACACGUGAGAAAGGAGAGGUUUCGUAUUCAGGAUUGUAUUUUCUGCUUGGCUUCAGUGUCUUAUCCGUGGACUAGCUCAGACAAGAGCAGGGGAGGAAGAGAAUGUGGGCCUUUCAUGGGGUGCUUUUAUUCAUUGGGAUUCUGUGCUCAACAUCAGUGAAAAUGAAGGGAAACUUCAAAGGUGUUCAACAUUUGCUACUUAUUCGUUACUGAACUGAAGAUGUUGUCAGAUUUGUUACAGUCUUUCUCACUCCAUCGAAACUUUGAUUUCAUUUGCAGUAUCACUUACCUUCUCCUUGCUGGUCACUAGCUGAACUAAGAGAUUAGAGGACACGUUACUCAUUGGUCUGACGGACAAUCCAUCAACAAGGCCCUGUUCCGAUUCAUGUACCGUAGAUGUGUCAACCAUGCACCUCACAGUUUCUUUCAGCACAGUUUUAUUGAGUUCAACUACUGAUGUUAUUCGAUCAUAUGCAGGGAAUUUACUUUAAAAUUUGACUCACUGUUUCACAAUAAUAAUUUAAUUAUGACCGGUCACAGGCAUCUAUAUAUUUUGUUACAUUUUACUUUGAUGUUGACCCUUGUAAUGUUAAGCACGCGCACAAGGUUUGAAGGUCAAGCUCACUUUGUGAGUGAACCUGUACUAUGAAGAUGCCCGUUUUAUAUUUGCCUAUUUGACCCAAAUUUACUGUGUUUAGAGAUUUGUAGAUGAAACAGUCGGGCGGGUGGAGGAACACACAACUCAUGCACAAAUUCUGAGAAAUUUCUUUGGAUGAGCUUUAGGAUGUUGACUUUAGGUGAAAUAAUCGCAGCAAAAUACAAUAAUAGACUUUCAGUUUCAUCAUUGCUGUGAUGUAGUCAUGCGUGUGCUGGUUAUUAAACAUUCAAAAUACAGGCUACACCUUGCAUGGUCAUGGGGAUUUACCCUAUCUAGCAGAGAAGGUCUAGAGUAAUAUAACAAGCAUGAGACUGAUGCAGUAUAAACAUCCUACCUCAGAUAGUGGGAUCCUGAGAUUUAAGACUUGAAGAGAAAUGGGUGUUAAAGUUCAAAAUUUUACCUCCACAAUGCUGCAGCUGUUUUUACAACCAGUGAAAAAUGAAUACAAUGAUGAGUCUGUCUAAAUGAAGAAAAGAUUUUAAUGUACUAUUGCAGCACAAGAACAUCACAAAAUAUUAACAAAUUAGUUGGAUUACACUGGAAAAGAAAGAACGUGACUGCAGUUAUAACAGGAGCCCCGAACGCCACAGGAGCAGCAGCGUGGUGUGUGUUUGUCCUUCUGUUUUAGAAUGCAUGUCACCAAAUUUGAACCGCUCAAGUGGUCAACAUAUAAUGGUAGAGAUCCAUCCAACGAAACUCUAAUUUAUGACUCAUUUUAUAUGGAAUAGUGUUGAAGCAGUUUUGUUUUAUUUCAUUUUUUUUUAUUAUUUGUUUGCAAUUUUGCUGUUGUGUGGACCCUAACUGAAAUAUCACGGAAGGGAUGAUGGAGAAAUUAUUUAUUUAUUUUUUUUACUUUUUGUGCAGUUUCCGAUGAUUAUGUUUUUGUUCUAUAUCUGAAUGUGCAGUGCUGCCUUCUCAUGGUUAACAUUAAUCCCAAACCAUUUCAAUCCAUGUAUUUUUUUUAAGUAUGUGCAGUUCAAAUCCAGCGUUUUUUGUCUUUUUUUUUUUUUUUUUUUUUUUAUAAAUAAAUGGAUGGAUAGAUUGUCUUUAUUAAUCUCAAACUGGUGUUUUUUUAUUCCUGACCUGAGAAAAAUACAUUCUAAAGGGCAUUUAUUGAAAGUCCGAAUUUUAAUUGCUUCAUGAUAUGUUUAAAAUGAUUUUAGGUGAGUGGGAAAACUCUGAAAGCUACUGCUUUACUGGUUGCACUCACACUGUCAUACCACUUGAUGGCGUGUUUUCACCACACUGUACAUACAGAUGGUGCAGGUCUGUAUACCUGUAUAUGUGCUGCUGGUCUCGUGGGGUUGCAACACCAUGCAAAGGUGAAGAUGUUUCAGAUGACAGAUGACAUAGAGGCUCUGCAAACACUGUCCAAGGUCGGACAUUCCUCAUCUAUAGCAUAAGUGAACUGAAGUCAUUGUGAUUCUCAUGAGGAACAAGGAAUAUGUAAAUAAUGUGUUCAUGUUGGACUGCAUUGUAAAUGAAAUGUGUCGCCCUAUUUCAUUGUCAGUGUUCAGCGGAAUGACUUCUCUUUUUUUUUUUUCGAGUGGUUUAUCCUUGUUUUUUCUGUAUGUAACAGUUGAUCAAAGAAGGUGAACUCUCUCUUUCCGACACUGCUGCCUCCACUGAAGUCAGUGACACCUGCGUUUGAUGUUUAACUUGACAGCGGGAACGAAUGUGUAAAGACGACUUGUGAAGCUAAUGUUCAACCACCAGCCAGCCGUGAGUCGCAGGAAGCGUCGCGCGCGUGACGCCCUACAAGCCCCGCGACAGAACUUUUCUGAUUAUAAUUUGGAGACCCGUCUCCUGGAUUUAUCUGGCUGGGUGGUUGAGGAAGUCUGUUUUGGUCUCUAACGUGGCUUCAUGAUGAACAAGUUUACAGUUAAGUGAUCAGUUAUUUAUUGUUUGUUGGAAACUCUUGUGUCUUAUUUUCUCUGGAAAUAAACAAGUUGU